UAAUUGUAACUUUUGAACAACUUUCUCUCCCUAUAUAAAUCAGUAUGUAGCAAAGGAUUUUUCAUCCAUUGAGCCGAAUAGAUAAAAGAGUUUCAGAGCUAUAAAAGAAAGAUGAGUGCAUGGUUAGGUGCAAGAGAGCUAUCAAUUGAAUGGGCGGACAAUCCUGAGCAUUGGACUUGGAACUACAAUCACAACUCUAGUACGGAGGUAGCUGAGCUUCUCAAUGUUUGUUGGCUCGACAUUCGAGGAAAGAUAGACACACGACGACUCACUCAAAAGACAAGUUAUUCGGCGUAUUUAGUGUUCAAGUUAACAGAUAAUCAUCGUGAACUUGAAAAAGCAAUUGCAUCAGUAAGAUUUGUGAAGGAAAAAGCAGAGGGAACUGAUGAAGAGGGCUACACUGUUUUCCUCUCUAAGCCAAAAGGAGAAGGAGAAAAUGGCAUAUUCCCACACCUACGAAGUGAUGAUUGGAUGGAAAUAAAGCUUGGUGAAUUUUUCAACAACUUUGGUGAAGAUGGUGAAGUGGAAAUGAGAUUGAUGGAGAUCAAAAAUCCUAAUUGGAAAUGUGGCAUUAUUGUUAAGGGCAUCGAUAUUCGUCCAAAUUAAAUAGAGUCCUGUCCUGAUCUCUAUGUUUAAGUAGUGCUACCAUUUUCGAUGUGGUUCUCUACUCGUUGUUUCCGUUUUGUUUGUCUUUUAAUUUGUCGUUUAUGGCUUCUUUUCAUCAAGUCUCUCUAUGUCGUGUAAGAGUGAUGAAGCUUGAAUAGUGCAUGUCUUUGUGUGUUUUCCACCCAAUUUCGAAUUCAAAAUAAGAGUUUUCAUGGCUUCUA